AUGAAUAGUGGGGUUGGACAUCAAAUAGUGGAAGCUUACAUUGGUGCUGUGGUUAGUAACGUGAAAACUUUCAUAAAGGAAACUACUCAUAAGUUUGCCGAAAACUCUUCGACAGCCCACGACCGGUUUCGCCCUUCUUGGAGCUCAUCAGGUAGGCGCAGUCCACGAGUUUCCGUCAACCUCAUGUUCUACUUGAACCCAAAUUGGACUCCUGUCUCGUUUUGCCAAUAUAUACGUGUUGGGGUGUCCAGGGUGUCAUCCCCACCAGUGAAAUCGUCCAGCUGUAGCACCCUUUCGGCGCCUAACUACCAUGCCACCCGAAGGUUGCACGAGGGCUGGGAUACUGCCAGGUUGCCCAAGCCUAGACAGGGGAAGUCGAGAGGCAGAGAUCGGGUUCGAACCACGGACCUUUCGGCCAGGGGUGGGAUAGCUCAGUGGUUAGAGUGGGAAUUUACAGGCCGGAAGGUCCGUGGUUCGAAGCCGACACCUGCCUCUUGUCUUUCCCUGUCUAGGCUUAGUCAGUCUGGCAGGAUCCCGGCCUUCGUUCUUCCCUCUGGUGGCAUGUCAGUUAGCCACCGAAAGGGUGCACUGAACGAUACUGUUCAACUGAAUGUGCUACGAAGCGUUCAGCCGGGAUUCAGGCGAUUCCCCGUUGAAGGCUAA